AUGGCCGAUUACGCAAAGCGUCCGGAAAUCACUGUUUCGACAAUGGGAAAAGUGCACAAUCCCUCUGGUGAAGGUGUCCGUGCCACUUCGGCCCAAGCUCAAGCCAAGUUCUUGAAGCAACAAGCUCGCCCGGCAUCUGCGGACCAUGAAACCAAAGUGAAAGAGGAAGGAUCUUCAAAGCGAAACAUUACUCGAAAAAAGACGGAUCCAAAGGAGACUGGAAACUUUGACUCGAGAAACAAGAAACAGGGCGGCCAUGGCAAGGGAAAGUGGAAAGACGAUGAAAUUUUUUACGAAGAUGGAGUCGAACCUCUGGAUGAAAAUGAUCCAUUGUAUGAUGAACAACAAGGACCCGGAAUCAUUUUGAGCAGUGUUGAGGAUCCAGAUUCGCGCAACUACCAUGAAAGCGAACAAAAGCCAGUUUACGGGCCCAUGCUCACUCAAUCCGAGUUCAAGAUCCAAGUCGAGGAAUGUUUGAAGGAAUAUUUUGAUUCUUGUGAUACUGAUGAAGUCAUUCGUUCCAUUGAAGAAAUGCAGUGUCGCGAGUUCCACCCCGAUGUCAUCAAGAGAGCGGUGUCGCUCAGUCUGGACAAGCAUCCCAGGGAAAGAGAGCUCGUGUCGCGUCUUUUAACUUGUCUCCAUCCCACACCACUGACCGAUCAAGAUAUGGAGGUCGGAUUCGACAUUCUCUUUGAUUCUUUGGACGAUCUCACUACUGAUGUUCCCGACGCUCCGAGCAUGGUUGCCAACUUUGUGGCACGCGCCGUUGUGGACGAGGUACUACCACCAGCUUAUCUAUCCGAGCAAAACAACAAGCGUCCAGGAGAUAUUGUUGUUGAGAAAGCAAUCACUCUUUUGUCGAGAGAACACUGCACCGCUCGUUUGGAGCGUGUUUGGGGUCCUGGGGAUGGUCGUCCAGUUAGUGAAUUGAAAGUCGAGAUGGAUCAAAUGCUCCAGGAGUAUUUGAUGAGUCGAGAAUUGGAUGAAUGCGCCCGGUGCGUGAAGGAGUUGGAUGCAGCCCACUACAUGCACGAGCUUGUGAAACGCGGAGUCAAAAUUGCAAUGGAAGUCGAUGGCAAAGAUUCAAACACACUACACGACAAGUCUUCCAUUGAUGCCAUGGCUGCUUUGUUUGCCUUCUUGGUCAAGAAUGCUAUCGUAUCGGGGCAUCAGGUUUCAAAGGGGGUUUCUCGUCUGCACAAAAUAAUGGACGAUUUGAAACUGGAUGUUCCAGCCGCACCAGCAUUGCUCAAGGACUUUGAAGCUUUGCUGCGGGAGGACGUUCCGGAGGAAACCAAAGAAGAGAAAAAGGACUAA